GCCGCGUCUGUGAUCGAGUAACGAUCCGCAAGGCGAAUCUUCUACCGGAAAAUGAGUGCAUCGUCAUCCUCGUGUACCGUAAUUCGCGAUAAGGUGCUAUUGAUGCGCUUGUUUGAUCACAAAGUGGCAUUACGUAAACACAGAGAAGUUCUCCUUGACUCUUCGAUAUAAUUUCGAAUUUCUAUUAAAAUGGUAAAAUUUCGAAACAGAUGAAUGCAAGCUGUUCGAGUUCCUGUUUAACGUUGUCGAAGUGACAGGAAAUGUGAAGAAAUACGAAAGAAAGACAGAAAAUGAUCCGAAGCGUGACGACUCUGUGUGAAAUCUAUUGACAAAUCAUUUGGAUUUUCGUUGCCUCGAGAUUUGUUAAAUUUGAUGAACAAUCAGAUAAUGAGAUAAAACGACUGUUAUUUCUCAUUUAAGCCGUACGAUGAAAGAAGAUGGUGUCAGAAGCUAUUAUUCCUUUCAAAAUUAAGUAACAAUGAAAAAAUAGUAUAGAACAGAGAUAUUAUUCUAUAUCUAUAGAGAUGAUAACACGAACAGUGGGAGGGAUAUAUCUUUAAUAGAGUGGAAAAUUUUUAAUACUCGACAUAAAAAUACGCGAAUUAGUGAUAUUAUCGCAGAUUUACUCUACAGCCAGAAAUAUUUUCGCGAUCGUAUCGAACGACGUGACGCUUUAUCAUGGGUAAGAUCGUACGCAUACGACAAUUAAGUUGAGAAUAAUCGGAGCAAUUUUUAUAAAGGCCAUAUGCCAACAGAAUAGAUACGCUCGAACGCUGGUCAAUUUAUUUCAUCUUCUAUUUUUAUUCCAUAUAUAUUUCCAUUACAUUUAUACGUUAUGCAUUGUGCAUAGUUUAUGAUCACGUUGUGUUCACGAGGUAAAGUCAAAUGUGAACGUAUAUAUUUAGCUCUGAAAAGGGAUAAAAUCAAGACGAUCUCGACUACCUCUAAUCGAUCAAACAAACUCGUUUGCGAGUCUGCCAUUGAACUUUAAAAGCACCAACUGACCAGCUUGCCAAAAACUACAGCGCUGAACUCACACAAUCGAUCGUUCGUUCGAAAGGAAGAAAAUCCAGACAAAGGAUCCUGGCGACUUCCUCGAAAACGAGAAACCUAAUGAUCCAGAAAAUGAAUGGAUUGUCUUAAAACGAAACGGCUGAUCGUUAAAACGAAGGAGAAAAACGGGACAGAUAAUAGAAAAGAAAGGAAUAUUAGUCAGCGAUGAAACUACGAAUCGGACAAGGUCGCAAUUGGUGAACCAAUUUGUCCCCUUCCUCUCCAUUCUUUCUGGCUGAUAGCCACCACGAUACCCAAGUCGCUUGCCUUAUUACAUUUAAAACAACCGGUUAACGGAACAGUGUGAAAUUGGACGAGAAUGCAGCCGAAGCGUGAACAGCCGUGUGACAAAAUGCUCGUCGCUUGGAUCAUGAUUACGACCGUUCUGGCGUUCUCCAGUGAAGUCCUCGGCAACCCUAUGCCUACGGAACCCCAGGAAUCUGAGGGACUCACCCUUCGAAUCGUUCACACCAAUGAUAUGCAUUCGAGAUUCGAGCAAACAUCAAGAUUAUCAAGCGUUUGCUCGAAGAAAGAAGCAGAGGAGAAGAAAUGCUAUGGUGGAUUCGCGAGAAUAGCUACCCUGGUUCGACAAGCCAGAAACUCGUCGGUCCCAUGUCUCUUCCUCAACGCUGGCGAUACUUAUCAAGGAUCUAUGUGGUUCAGCGUGUACAAGUGGGAAAUUGUAGCCAAAUUCUUGAAUCUCCUAGCUCCAAAUGUCACGAGUUUAGGAAACCACGAGUUCGACGAAAGCGUGGAAGGUUUAAUACCUUUCAUCCAGAACGCCUCGUUCCCCAUAGUCACUUCCAACCUGGACUUAAGCAAACAACCAGAUCUGGCAGCCACAAAGUUAAAAAACAGUACAGUUCUAACCGUAAAUGGAGUAAAAAUCGGCAUAAUCGGUUAUCUAACACCAGAUACCAAAAUAAUUGCCAGAACGGAAAACGUGAUUUUCUUAGACGAAGUGGAGAGCAUUCGUAGAGAAGCAAAACAAUUAAAAAGCAAGGGUGUGAACAUAUUGAUCGCUGUGGGACAUUCUGGAUUUGAGAUGGACAAAAAGAUUGGUCGAGAAGUGGAAGAUAUCGAUAUAGUGAUCGGUGGACACACGAAUACUUUCCUUUAUAAUGGCAUACAACCGGAUUUGGAGGUACCAGAAGGUUUAUAUCCAACAGAAGUAAUACAGAAAAGUGGACGAAAGGUUUAUGUGGUUCAAGCUUACGCCUAUACUAAGUAUCUUGGCAAUCUUACGGUGACCUUCGAUGAUAAGGGAGAAGUGACUUAUAUUAAUGGCAAUCCUAUUCUUGUAGAUAGCAGUAUUGAACAGGCGAAAGAUAUUUUAAACGAAUUAGAACAGAUGAGAGAUGCUAUCGAUAAUAUUAGCUUAAAAAUACUCGGAAAGACACAAGUCCUCCUCGAAGGAGAUAGUAAAGUUUGUAGACUAAGAGAGUGUAACCUGGGCAAUUUAAUCACAGAUAGCAUGAUUGAUUACAAUGUUGGUGAAUAUGCAGACCAAUCCAGUUGGACGGAUGCUGCAAUAGCUAUUCAUAAUAGUGGCAGUAUCAGAAGUUCUAUCACAAGAGGCAAUGAAGAUAAAGUCACCAUGGGUGAUGUUCUUAACGUGCUACCCUUUCAUAACACUAUCCUAAAAGCUUCAAUGACUGGAGAAUUGUUAUUGUCUGUAUUAGAAUGGAGCGUUUACAAUCUAGACAAGGAUAAUACUGCUAAUCUCUUUGGAGCAUUUUUGCAAGUUUCAGGACUUCAAGUGGUCUAUGAUUUAACUCAACCAAAAAAUUCAAGAGUAAUUUCAGUAGAAGUAUUGUGUGCAUCCUGCAAUGUUCCAACAUAUAACAAACUUGAAAAAAAUCGAACUUAUAAUGUACUUCUGACUGACUUCUUGCAAAGCGGUGGUGAUGGAUAUUCUAUGCUAAAGGAUCUCAAAACCACAUCUCUUGGUGUCACUACAUCAAAUACAUUAAUGAUGUAUUUAGAAAAACAUAGUCCUGUACAUCCUGCUGUUGAAUGGAGAAUUACUUACUUCAAUAAUUAUUUCCAAACAGUUUGUACCACUUGCAGUGGUACAAAUAGUAUAUACCACUCAAUAGGGUUAACAAUUUUAUUACCAAUAUUCAGCUGGUUGCUAGCAAGAUAGAUCCUAAUACAUAGGAUACAUUUUGAGGAAUUGACAUUCAGUAUUUUGAAAGUUCAUAAUUUAUACCAAUUUUUUAUGCACCUUUUACCUUCUUCACUACCUCAAAUAUAUGCUAUAAACUGUACCCUUUGAAGCUCAGUAAGAACAUCACUGCAGUAUCUAUAUAAUUGUUCAGUUCCAAUGAACAUACUUUAAUCAUUAUUUUAGUUACUAUCCAACCUUAUCUGCAAUUGAACAUUAUAACAUUUGUAUGGUUUUACAGGUAUUGUAUUUUCUCGAUCUCUGUCAAUUUGUACUUAAUAAAAAUAAUAUAAUACAUA